UUCCGAGGAUGUUGGAGAAAUCUAAGAAUGUAAAACGCAACUCCACAAGUCUACAACAGAUCCAAAACGACAAAUCAUGUCUUCAAUACCCAAAAAAAAAAUAUUACAAAAAAUACAAAAUCUUGAAUUUACUUGUCCUUUUUCAACUUAAAUUCAUCCCUUUUUAGGCUUUAACUCUCCUCCUCUCUAUUUCUUCUCUUAGUUUUUGCCCUUUAACAAUUGACUACUAUUUGAAAUAGCUAGAAUUCUAUCUUAAAUCACAAAUUUUAUCCUAGUAUGCGACGGAUGAAGUAUGAAGAAAGCUAAAAAUGGUGGUGGGUAUAAUGUAAAAAGACCUGGUAUUCAUUCAAGUCAUAGAAAUGGUCAAGUGUUUGGAUGUUACAACAACAAAAAGAAAAAGAAUAAUGAGAAUAACAAGGUUGAUAAUGGAGAUAAAAGGAGUAACAAUAACAACAAUAACAAUAAUAGCUUUUAUGAACUUUGUCUUUCAUUAAGCUGGUGCUUCGUCAUCUCGUUCUAUUUUGAGGUCUGUCUCAGAAAUGGAAAUGGAGAAACUCAUCACUACCCUAAUUAUAGAAGCUUGUUAUCCGAUGGUAAGCUUGUAGGCAACGGAAAUCCAAAUGUUCGCAACAUUACUCUUGAUAAAUUCUCAUACGACUUGUCGAAGGAUAAUAAAUCAAUAAACAUCAACAUUUCUACCGUUCAAAGACUAGGUUCGUUAAAUGCUAGUUACUCGGUUUGUAGGCAUAAAGGCUUAGAUGAAUUGGUCUUUCACAUAUUAAAACUAGGAUACACUCGGUUAGUGUGCGAAAUGUCUUGUCGAAUAGAUCAAAGAAUCAGCAAACUAGAGGACUAUCAACACGGAAGGGAUAUGGAUUCCGCCUAUUUGAAACUCGAUGUAACGCAAAAUACAUCUAUACCCGGAAAAGGUCUAGUCUCCUCUGAUGAACGAGCUAAUGUUUUUCAUCGGAUGGAACCGGAUGGAACUCCUUACAAUUAUGCUUCGGCUGCUAAAGGUGCUAAAGUCGUGGCUCAUAAUAAGGUAGCAAAAGGGGCAAGCAACAUUUUAGGGAAGGAUCACGACAAGUAUCUUAUAAACCCGUGUUCUGUGUCAGAUAAGUUUGUGGUAGUUGAGCUUGCGGAAGAGACUUUGGUAGAUUCCGUCAAGAUUGCGAAUUUUGAGCACUACUCCUCGAAUUUCAAGGAGUUCGAAUUGUGGGGAAGCUUGGCUUACCCGACUGAUGCAUGGUCUUUUAUGGGAAAAUUUGUUGCUGCUAAUGUUAAGCAAGCACAGACCUUUGUUCUGCCUGAACCCAAAUGGGUUACUUACUUGAACCUGAGUUUGAUCAGUCAUUAUGGCUCAGAACAUUUCUGCACGUUGAGUGUCUUGGAAGUUUACGGUGUGGAUGCUAUUGAACGGAUGCUUGAAGAUCUAAUGGUUUCAUCUGGCAGAUCUGUUCACAGCGAGCAAGUAUCGAAGACUAAUUCUACCGGAGCACAAUCUGCCAGGCCUCAGAAUGUUACAGCUAAUGGGAAUAACGGUAGUGAAGCUGAGAAUGGAAGUAGCGAAGAGCAAAAGGCUAAUACAGAUGCGAGUAAGAGUCCGGGCACAACUAAGAUUCCUGAUCCGGUGGUGGGGAAGUCGAAUAGCAGAAUUCCCGGAGACACUGUACUAAAGAUUUUGAUGCAGAAGGUGAGGUCGGUGGAAGUGAACUUGUCGGUUUUGGAAGAGUAUCUCAAGGAGUUAGACCAGAAACAACGCGAUAAUGUCCCUGAAAUCUACAAAGAGAUAUCGAAAGUUACUUCUUUGAUAGACGAUGAAAGAAAUGCAAUCAAAGAACUAAUUGAGUGGAAGGAAGAAACGGACAAGCAAAGGGAAGACACCGAGAUAUGGAAGGCGGUCUUCUCCUCGCAAGUUGAAGAGCUGGUUGACGAAAAUAAGAUCCUCAGAUCUCUUAUCGAAAACAUAGAGAAGGAUCAGGCAAGUCUACAGAACAAGGAGCUAGCUGUUUUAUUAGUGAGCUUGUGCUUCUUGUGUAUAGCAUUCCUCAAGCUCGUCUCCAAACGGAUUUUGCUCUCAUUUGGAGCUUCUCGAGGCAGCAAUGUCUCCACAAAUAGAGGCUGGUUGUUGAUACUCCUUAGCAGUGGCAUCACGAUGCUAAUAACAUUGAUUUAGUCGAACAUUGCGCCAUUUUUCGCCUUCACUGAAGAAUGUCAAGGCGGCAAGUUAGUCAGUGCCAUAAAGCCCAUACUGCUUCCUGCCCCUUAUGUUGGGGCAGAGAUGUAUUAGGUAGAAUAGCAUUAUGCUUUGUAAAAGCAAUUUUAAUGGAUUACUUUCAGCUUUUUGAAUAAAUGAUCCUUUUUUUUAAA